UGCCCCCACCUGCCCUGGGGUGCCCCCAUCUGCUCCAGGGUGCCCCCAUCUGCUCUAGGGUGCCCCUCUCCCUGCCUAGGGUGCCUGCAUCUUCUCUAGGGUGCCCCCAUCUGUUCUAGGGUGUCCUCCAUCUGCUCUAGGGUGCCCCCUCUCCCUGCCCAGGGUGCCCCCCAUCUGCCCUAGGGUGCUCCCUAUCUGCUCUCGGGUGCUCCUCUCCCUGCCCAGGGUGCCCCCCAUCUGCCCUAGGGUGCUCCCUAUCUGCUCUCGGGUGCUCCUCUCCCUGCCCAGGGUGCUCCUCUGACCGCCCUAGCGUGCCUCUGUGCCUCGCCACCCUGCUCUCCAGCACCUCCCUAGUGCCAGGGGGCUGCAAUCACCAUGCCUGCAACGCUGAGCCCUGCGGGCGUGAAGCCCCCAGUCCACGAGCAGAUCUCAGAGCUGCAGAAUAAGAUACAGCUCCUAGAGGGCGACCGGAAAGCUUUCUACGAGAGCUCCCAGUGGACCAUCAAGAAGAACAGGGAGUCCAUCCAGUCGCUGCGGCAGGAGAACAAAAAGCUGCACAAGAAGCUGGCGGCCAUCCUGGCGGGAGAUGCACAGAUCAUCAAAGAGGUGUUCCGGGACCGGGCUGCCGAAAAGGCCUCGCUGAAAAAUAAAAGUGGAGAGGGCGCCAUCGAGGUCAUCAACCACCGGCUCUGCGAGAAGAUCAACCGGCUCAACGACCUGAAGCACCAGGUGGAGGUGAGGAAGCGGCGGCUGGAGGAGCUGCAGCUGCAGUACGACUCCAAGGUGCAGGAGGCCCGGGGCUCCCAGGCGGUGGAGGAAGGGGAUGCGGAGGCAGCCAAGACCCUGCGCCGGCUGGAGAACCAGCUGGAGAAAGCCCGGCUGAAGGUGGAGGAGGCAGAGCAUGUCACCGGCCUGUACCGCCAGCUCAAAGCUCACAUGCAGGAGGAGAGCUUGACAGCCCAGACCCAGCUGGAUGCGCUGGAAGCUGAGAUCCUGCGACUGCACCAUGAGCUCCAUGGCCUGCAAGCGAUGAACACAGAGGCACAGGCCACGCGGGAUGCUGCCAGGGAGCAGCUCCAGCUCCAAGAAGAGAGCAUCUACCAGGACAGGUACAUGCGGGAGCUGAAGCUGACGGAGCUGAAGAAGCAGGCAGAGGAGAGGAGGGCACAGAAUGAGCGGGCGGAGAGACGGGCCCUGCGGGAGCGCCUGCCCCUGCAGACGGAGGAGCUGCUGAGCGACGCCCAGCGCAGCAAGGGCACCGGCCUCCGCGCCAAGCAGCUGCUGGGCACGGCGGCAGCGGUGGAGGAGACCUUCGAGAAGAUCAAAGUGGCCACCGGCGUCACCAACUCCAGGGAUGUGGUGAGACGGUUCCUGGCCCAAGGAGACACUUUCCAGCAGCUGGAGCAGCUGACGACGCAGAACGAGGAGGCGCUGGUGCGGCUGCGGGAGGAGGAGGAGGCGCUGCAGGCCGAGCUGCAGGGCCUCACCUACUCGGGGGAGGCCCGGGUGACGGGGGCCCAGCGCCUGCUGGAGGAGCUGCGAGCUCACCUGCGCCAGGAGGAGACGCAGCGCGACGCGGCCAAGCGGCAGCUGGACAAGGUGACGCGGGUGCUGCUGGUGGCGAAGGCGGGCGUGGAGCACCUGGCCAGCAAGGUGCAGCACAUCCAGCUGGAGAGCGGGCGCUUUGCUGGGGCCCCGCCAGACAAGGCCGCCGGCGACUACGUGCUGGAGCUGCUGGCGCAGACGGAGGAGAAGCUGCUCAAGGUGCAGGCCGAGCUGAGCGACCAGGACCAGAGGGAGCUGCUGCAGAAAAUCGCGGAGGAGGAGUUCCACGCGAACCUGGAGGGGCGUCUGCCCAGCGCCAACGUCCGGGUGAAGCUGCCCGUCGCCCAGAAGCAGGACAUGUACUACGACGAGGACGCCAGCGGCGACGAGGGCGACGUGGUGACUCGGGCGGCGCUCAAGCGCCAGUCCCAGCAGAUCAUUGAAGCCAAGACCAAGCGCCGCGGCCGCCCCAAGAAGAAGGAGGGGAAGCCGUAGCCGUAGCCGUAGCCGCCGGGCCGGGGGGCGCCCUGGGGGGCUCGCUCAGCCCCCCCCCAGGGCUAGGGGGCUAAAGCCCAGCUGACUCCAGCCCAGGGCCCUCCCCUCGAAGCCGUGCCCCCUACAGCGCCCCGAUCCCAGCAACCCCCCACGCGGCCGCUCUAGCCCCUCUGUGGGUCGGGGGCCCAGCCCCACAGAGCUCCUGCCCCUCGGGUGGGGGGGCAGUGUGAAGGUCAGGGCUGCCCUGUGGCCUAGCCAGGGGCCCAAGCCGGUCGUGGAGGAGGGGGAGCUGCCCCACAGCGACCCCUCAGGCCGGGGAGCACCACACCUGCCGCCCCAGAGCCCGGGCCCCGCCCCUCCCCUCCCCCGCUCCCCUCCCCUCCCCGCAGGCAGUGGGUGAAUCGUGCCCCCCGGCCUGGGCCUCUCGCGCUCCCU